AAAUUAUUGAUAUGAGGUCAGCUUUGAGCUGUGAAUGAGUGUACUGUCUACCAAUGUUAAGUUACAAUUUAGUGUAUUUCUUCUUUUUUGUGUGUUUAAUUAAACCAGUGAAUUACUUUAUUGCUUAAAUGUUAAUUUUUAUUAUCAAGCAUCGUCUGAUACGAGCGCGCUGUUAAAAAUGUUAAGUUAAAGCAUACAGGACGUGCGUGUGUGUGUGCAGGAAGCUCAUUAUCUGGCCUCCGUUUAUUAACUGAGAGAAUUACUCAGUAAGGACUGAAAGACCAUGCGUGAGUUCAAGGUAGUUGUCUUGGGCAGUGGUGGUGUAGGAAAAAGUGCUUUGACUGUACAGUUUGUAUCUGGCAUGUUUAUGGAAAAAUAUGAUCCUACUAUUGAAGAUUUUUAUCGAAAAGAAAUUGAAGUAGAUUCUGCACCUUGUGUUUUAGAAAUCCUUGAUACAGCUGGAACUGAGCAGUUUGCAUCUAUGAGAGAUCUAUAUAUAAAAAAUGGUCAGGGUUUUGUUGUAGUUUACAGCAUUACAAGUCAUCAAACGUUUCAAGAUAUCAAGAACAUGAAAGAACAAAUUAUGCGUGUCAAAAAUACCGAACGUGUGCCAAUACUUCUGGUCGGAAAUAAACUGGACUUGGAAAACCAACGAGAGGUAACUACCAUGGAAGGCAUGGGACUUGCUCAACUAUGGGGCUGUCCAUUUAUGGAAGCUUCUGCUCGAAAUAAGUGUAAUGUCAAUGAGGUGUUUGCUGAAAUAGUUAGAGAAAUGAAUUAUUCAACAGUUAGAGAAAAGCAAAAUUAUUGCUGUUGUGUAAUCCUUUGAUGGUAACAAAAAAUGUUUGGCAACUGUUCUAUCACUUAUUGUGGACCAAUGGCCUGAUGCUAUUGCUUGGAAGAAGUAUGGAAGGCUGCCUUAUUGACUGUACUGCUGCUCAUUUUGUAAUGAAGGUGUUCUUGUGCAAUAUAAUAUAUGUUACCAUUAUGCCUUGUAUCUGAAACAAUGAAGAUACAGAUGGAAGAACACAUAAUUUCAUACUGAAGUCAGAUGCUGAUGAGCAGAAAACUACUUAUCCUUCGAAAAACUGCCUCCAUUCUGUGAUUUCUGAAUACCGAAGAUAUGUAAUUUAUACAUCCAAGCAUUACUUAAGUAAUCCUUUGGUUUGUUUUGUUUUUAUGAAUGUGCAAUUAUAUUUCAGGUCAGUUAGAUCCAUAACUUUUGUAAAGUAUCAUGUGUAUAAUUGAUAUCAACUAUAAAAUAAAAUCAAAGGAUUGCACAUAUAUCAUGAAACUAUUACAGCAAUAUAUUUUAGCUUUACUGACUAUAAUUUAGUUUAACUUAUGCUAUUUUUUGUAUAUUAUAUUCAGAUGUGUAGAGUAAUAAUUUUAUAUGUUGUAUAUUUUAGCCCUUUAUAUGACAUCAAGAGUAUUUAGUCAUCGUAUAAAUUUAUGAAAGAUGUACUAAAAAAGUCUUUUAUCUCUUAAUCCUAACUUAUAAAUAUGUUCAGUCAUAAUGUAACUACAUUUUGUAAUUGUACAGUUGAGACAAAUAAAUUUUUAAGAAUAUUCAAGUAAAAA